AUGGAGGGGAUGAUGCUGACUAUAGGUCAUUGCCACUUGAGGAACGUUUGCAACACAAGGUAUGUUAUUGAUUUUUUACCACGCGUUUCUAACGUUAAGGUUUGGAAAGUUCGUUUGGAAGCUUACGAAGAGGUGAACAAGCUAUUUCAAAAUUCCAGCAGCGACAACGAUGAAUGCUUUGGUCGAUUUCUCAAAAGCCCUGAUUUGCUCCGAAAAAUGGUUAUGGAUAAUAAUGUUGUCGCGCAAGAAGCAGGAAUCAGUGCUAUUUGCUCUUUUUUGGAAUUCGGAGGGUCUAACGCCUGUACUAAAACUCGAAGCCAAAUUAUAAGUGCAAUUGCAGAGAAAGGGCUGGGAUCCACUAGACCUGGUACCAAACAGAAAUCGAUAAAUGCACUUUUAUGGUACAUUGAAUUGGAUGUUCCCGAUCCCGUUAUUGAGUCCCUACUACCAGCAUUGUCAGCAAAAUUACCAAAGCUUGUGGCUGGUGUAGUUGCCGCUUUGAACGAGAUAUACAGUAACUUCGGUUGCAAAGUUUGUCCUCCAAAACUUGUUCUUGAUGUGAUUCCCCAAUUAUUUGCUCACGCCGAUAAAAAUGUCCGGGCUGAAACAACAAUUUUAUCGAUAACCUUGAGGUCUUAUAUGGGCACUGCGUUUGACACAAUCAUCUUUGAGAAAUUGAAGCCAAUUCAGCAGAAGGAUCUGGCAAAAGCAUUUGAAAAGAUUGAGGGUACGCCGACGCCAAAGCGUUUCCUGAGAUCGCACCAAGUUCAAAUAGCUGAAACUAAAACAGGCUUAGAGGAUGUAUCAAUGAUUGAUGCGCAAGAGGUUUCUAGUGACCAAUUGGACGCUUUUGACUUGAUUGAUCCUGUCGAAGUUCUUUCAAAGAUACCAAGUGAUUUUAAAUCAAGAAUUGAAUCUUCUAAAUGGAAAGAUAGAGUUGAGGUCUUGGAAGAGGUCCUGACUGAAUUCAAAUAUCCCAAAUUGAAAAACGAUGACUACAUGGAUUUGAUAAGGGUUUUGAGCAAAUGUCUCAAAGAUGCCAACAUACAGGUAGUAACACUGGCCUCUAAAAUUAUCGAAAAAUUAGGAAGUGGUCUACAACAAGACUUCCAUCGUUAUGUUUCAAUCUUGAUCUCACCGCUGCUUGAAAGAACAAAAGAAAAAAAGCAGUCAGUGUUGGACGCCAUUUCAGCAGCGCUGGAUGUGUGCUUUAAAUUCUCAUCUAUCAGUGAACUUCUUGAGCCGACCCUGCAGUAUAUGUCUCACAAAACGCCCCAAAUUAAGAUCGAGAGCUCCAGAUACUUGAUCAGAUGUCUCAAGCAAACAGAAACGAUACCCAAGAAGCAAGAGAUUGACUCAAUUAUGCAAGUUUCUCUACGACUAAUGUCAGAUUCUUUGGCUCCUGUAAGAGAUCUUGCCUGUGAGAUUACGGCGACGCUUGUGAAGAUUGCUGGUGAACGACAACUCAGGUCAUAUUUGGAAGGAAUAGAUUCAAGGAAAACAAAGAAAAUUGACGAAUACUCAAGCUCCUGUGAAGUGAAAACAAUUGGAACGAAGCAAAAAUCCGGAGGCGCCUACCUUCAAAAAGUUUCGGCACCGGCUACUUUCGACAGAAAUGGUCUGCUUGAUUCCGCUAUGCCUGCAGGGCAGAGCCUUUCAGCAACUCCGAACAUGAGCAAAACUUCUGAACCUUCUCUAACAUCCCGGAAGCUAGCAAGUACAUCGACGACUAUACCAUCCAAGCGCGGACCUUCAUCUCCUCUAAAGUCAUCAACGGCUACCGGCAAGAUGAAUCUGACUUCAAGAACACUCAAGCCUACCAAUUCGCAGUCCCUGAAUCGAGCUCAGUGUACAACUCCCUCGCUCAACUCUUCGGAACGAGAGCUUUUUGAGUCGCUGAAGGCAGAAAAACUAGAGUGGAAUCAAAAAAGAAAAGAAAUCCAGAGUCAGUUAGACACGAAGACAGAGGAAAUUGCUCGCUUGAAUAAAAAGUUAGAUGACCAACAGGCGAGACUGACCGAAGCGACUAUGGCCGUUAAAUCGAAGGAUAUACAGCUUUCUCGGCUUCAAAGCGACCUCGAUCAAAGUGAAUCUAAAAUAAGAGAAUUGCAAUACCAAUUGCAGCAGGCAUUAUCAGAAAAGGUUGCAGUGAAAGAGGAACCAAAUGAUAACUUCAAUUUCUCUCUUCAAAAAUUAGAGACACUGGACUCGAAAUCCGAUCUGAACAGAAGGAUCUCCGACUUGAGUAUCCACAAUGGCAUGGAAAAAGAGAACUACUUUGGAUCCAACACUGGAGGAACCACCAGUACGAGGAGCAAGUUCAGCUCAGGUCUAUACGAUGUGGACUCGAACGAUGACAGCUGGAGGAAAGCUGCUGAAGUCACCAACCAGCUGAAGGCAAGAAUUGAGAUGAUGAAAUCCAAAUCUAGAACGUUCAAUCAAUUAUAG